GGCAACUGAUGCUGGACGCUUUGAAACUUGCCAUAGAUCUUGAUGGCAGCGCGGUGGCCACGGACUGUAACCUUGCAACAAACGAUCUAUUACUACUGUAAGGUCAAUUUGCCAGUGCAUACAGUUUUCUGCACACAGAGGUGCUUCAGUCAGGUGCAAACAACUGGGGCAAUAUUUGUUUAGUUAAAUGAUGAAGGCAGCAUUCUAGCAGACUCAUAUAAGGAGCAUGGACACGGAUUUACUUUCAUCGGUCUCUUCUGUUUCAUCAAAAGAAUUCAGAGUCAGAAUGCAAACUGCUGGCGUAUGGCCAGAUGUGCUGUCAUUAACACAUAACAAAAAAUAUAUACUGCCGAAGCGUCACGAUGACUCAUUAAUGGAAUAUUGAUGAAGCUUAAUCUGUGGGGAAAUAUGCUUCCUCUAUCCCAUUUUCUAGUUUUGUUUUGUUUUAUUUUAUAUAUCUUCAUCUUUUUCCCUACUAUUGAUGCCCAGUACCUAUCUACACGUAGCGCAGGACAAAGCUUGAUGCUCUUCACCCAGCCAUCCUAUAAUGCUUCAAUCUUUGAGAAUUCAGCAGUAAGAACCUAUAUCACAAGUGAGGUCAGAAUGGGAAUCACGCUUGUGUCAUCCUGGCCUUUAAACUUGAAAUAUUCUAUUCAGUCUGGGGACAGCGACGGCAUCUUUCAAACUGAGGAGUUUGUAAUGGGAGAUUUUUGUUUCCUACGUAUAAGCACUAAUGGAGGCAGUGGUGCCACGCUGAACCGGGAGGUUCAGGACAAUUACACUCUGACAGUCAAGGCGUCUGCCCACAGCGGCCAGGAGGCAUUAGCCACUAUAUUUAUCAAGGUCUUGGAUACAAACGACCUCCGACCACUGUUUUCUCCAACCUUCUAUUCAUUUGUUGUCUCUGAAAGUGCACCCCUGGGCACCAGCAUCGGACGUGUAACAGCCACAGAUGCUGACAUUGGCUCAAACGGGGAGUUCUACUACUUCUUCAAGAACAGAAUAGACUUAUUUGCUGUUCAUCCAACUAGUGGGGUUAUAACUCUCACAGGUCGACCCAGGAUAGACAAGAAAGAAAGAUUUGAGCUUGAGGUGCAGGUGGUUGACCGAGGCAUGAAACUAUAUGGGAAUAAUGGCGUCAGCAGCACUGCUCGACUGGUCUUAACUGUGGAUAGGGUUAAUGAAUUUGCUCCUGUCCUUAGUGCAGUAGCAGUUGUCCCAUCUGUGACGGACAAGGAUCUUAUUUAUGCCAUUUUGACUGUGGAAGAUAAAGAUGAGGGGUUAUCAGGGGACAUAGAGUGGGUUUCUAUUAUCGAAGGAGACCCUUUCGAACAGUUUGUCAUUGAGAGAUCACCUUAUGGGAACAAAUAUAGGGUUAAAUCAUCAGAACUGAUCUACUGGGAAACAUAUCCCUAUGGCUGCAACUUGACAUUCCAGGCCAAAGACAGAGGCCUACCUCCAAAAUAUUCAAAUACCCAAGUUGUUCAGUUGGUGGUUACAAGGCAAGAACCCAUAUUGGCAAACUUUGAGAAAGACGUUUAUGCAGUCAAGGUUAGUGAAAUCGCUCCCCCAGGAACUAUUGUAGAGGUGGUGAAAAUAUCCCCAGCACCCACAAAUGUCAACUACAGUUUUAGCAGCCUCUCGGAUCCUAUGUACUUUGAGAUAAACCCUUUGAAUGGGGUUAUUAUGACCAUAAGGCAGCUGACAAAGCUAUCCUGGGAUUUCAUUGAGUUGGAGGUAAUUGAUUAUAUCAGUCAGCAACAAGCAAAGGUUCAAAUUAUCAUAGAGGACGCGAAUGAUAACUCUCCAGUGUUCAGCCAGCCAUCCUAUGAUAUUGCAAUUAAUGAGAGCUUACCUAUAGGUACUGUUGUUCUUGUAGUGUCCGCUGUGGACAGUGAUAAAAGAGAAAAUGGAUAUGUAACUCACACAAUCAAUGGUGAGGAGUCUCUUCCAUUUAGUAUAGAUGAGGAUACCGGGGAGCUGAGGAUCACUAGAGAUCUGGACUAUGAAUCGUCAGAGGAUGUAUAUAUUUUUGCAGUACGAGCCUCUGACUGGGGUUCACCCUAUAGAAGAGAAACAGAGGUUAAUGUCACCAUUCGGGUGUUAAACAUUAAUGAUAAUAAGCCUGCUUUUGAGAAGAUUUCUUGCAGAGGGAUGAUUAGUCGUGAUUUUCCUGUUAACCAGACCAUCGUCACUUUGUCGGCUAUAGAUAUUGAUGAGGUCGGAAUGGUGCGGUACAAGAUAUUGUCUGGGAAUGAGUUAGACAAUUUUGAAUUGAAUCCUGACUCAGGGGCUUUAACACUGAAAAGAUCAUUUGUCUCAGACAGCUUGAAAAAUCCUACAUUUAACCUGAGAGUGGCUGCAACAGAUGGAGAGAUAUUAUCUGAUCCCACAUUCGUGAAUAUAUCAGUUGUGAGAGGUAGGAUGCCACCUGGGGGGUUCACCUGCAAGGAGACCAGGGUAGCUCAGUUUCUUGCAGAAAAGAUGGUCUCCAAAGCAUCUGCAAUGGCCAAACCAAGAUCGGAUGAAAUGUAUAUAGAUCUUUACUCUACAAACAAACAAGCUCCACAGUUUGAAGCUUUGCCUACAAGCAUUCUUGUGAGAGAGGAUCUGAGUCCUGGCUCCAGUGUUUUUCUUGUACGAGCACGAGAUGGUGACAUCGGGUUUAACGGCCGUGUGGUUUAUUCCAUUUAUGAUGGCAACAAAGAAAACAGCUUCAAUAUCAACAUGGAGAAUGGCCUGAUUACUGUUUUGCAACCGCUUGAUCGUGAGCGGAUAGAUCGCUAUUUCCUAAAUAUUACCAUCUAUGAUCAGGGAAUUCCUCAAAUGUCUAACUGGAGACUGCUGACUGUGAUCAUUGAGGAUGCAAAUGACAAUACUCCCCAAUUUUAUCAGGACAACUACUCUGCUGUUGUUGCAGAAAACGCAGACCUCGGCAUGGAAGUAAUUGCAAUGACUGCUUUUGACAGAGAUAUAGGCCAAAAUGGUCUAUUCUCCUUCAGAAUGCUGACAAAUGUUCCCCAAUUUGGCAUUGACAGUGAAACUGGAAGUGUAUUUGUUGCAAGUCAGCUGGACAGAGAAGCACAAUCUAUGUUCAUACUGAAGAUUGAAGUAAGAGACAAGGCUGAAAGAGGCACUAGAAGGUCAUCAGUGACUACUCUAAACAUAAUAGUGGAGGACAUCAAUGAUUGCUCUCCAGCUUUCAUCCCCAGCAGCUAUAGUGCCCGGGUACCAGAGGACCUGCCCUUAGGGGCUGUGAUUACCUGGGUGCAGGCUCAGGACCCAGAUGUUGGAUCUGGUGGACAAGUGCGAUAUUCCUUGAUCAAUGACUUCAAUGGCACUUUUGAGAUCAAUGCUGUGACUGGUAUUCUGAGAAUUGGCAAGGAGCUGGACUUUGAGACAAAGCAGUUCUUUAACCUGACUGUUCUUGCGGAAGACAGAGGAAUAUCAAGCCUUCAAAGCAUCACAUUUGUGGAGGUUGAGGUGAUGGACGUCAAUGAAAAUUUGUAUGCUCCCUACUUCUCCGACUUUGCUGUGAAAGGUUCAGUGAAGGAGAACUCUCGCACAGGAACAAGUGUCCUGACUGUCAGAGCUAAAGAUGAUGACAGGGGACGGGAUGGCGUGUUGAGAUACUCUGUCCAAGGAGGCAGUGGACUGGGCACUUUCACCAUCGAUGAAGACACAGGGGUGAUUUAUACUGCUGGCACCUUGGAUUGUGAGACCAAAAACUCCUACUGGCUCACAGUGUAUGCCACAGAUAGAGGGGCUGCACCCAUGUCUGCUUCAGUUGAAGUCUUCAUUCAGGUUGAAGAUGUCAAUGACAAUGCUCCACUCACCUCAGACCCUAUCUACCACCCAGUCAUCAAGGAGAACUCUCCCAAGGAUGUAUCGGUAAUUCGUAUUCAAGCACAGGACCCUGACCUUACAGCCGCACCCACCCGCCUGAGUUACCGCAUCUCUGCUGGGAACCCACAGAACUUCUUCUCUAUUAACCCCAAAACAGGUCUGAUAACAACCACUGCGAGGAAACUGGACAGAGAACAUCAAGCAGAGCACUUUUUAGAGGUCACUGUAAUCGACGGUCCAGUGACGACCCGUCAGUCAACUGUUUGGGUCAUAGUCCACGUCGAGGACGAGAACGACAACUCGCCCACCUUUCCAGAGGUCACUUAUCGCAUCAGCUUGCCUGAACGGGACCGAAACAAACGAGGGGAACCUGUCUAUCGUGUCUUUGCCUACGACCGUGACACGGGAGCGAAUGGGAACAUCACAUACAGCAUUAUUGAUGGUAAUGGGGAUGAGAAGUUCAGCAUUGACCCCAGGACUGGUAUGGUGUCUUCAAAGAAGAUGGUCACAGCAGGCAGCUAUGACAUCCUCACCAUAAAGGCAGAGGACAGCGGUAUUCCACCAUUAUGGUCUACUGUAAAACUCCAUAUUGAAUGGAUUCGCAAACCCGUCCCUUCACAUGUGCCCCUGCUCUUCACCCAGAGAUCCUACAAUUUCUCAAUUGCAGAGACAACUGCAGUUGCUCAGCCGGUAGGAGUGGUGGCUAUCAGCCAGUCCACCACACCCGUCUGGUUUAGUAUCACUGGCGGUCGACUUGCCAGAGAAGUUUUCUACAUUCCACAGAAUGAAUGUGGAAGAAACUGCUCUCUUGACACAGGAAGCUUUGAUAUGCAGUUUGACCUCCAAGUUGGGGUGGGGACCCUUGUCGUGGCCAAGACCCUGGAUGCAGAAGUUCAGUCAGUGUACAACAUGACGGUACAGGUGACUGAUGGGACCAACAUUGCCACCACUCAGGUAUUCAUACGCAUACAAGACAGCAACGACAACCCUCCGGUCUUCUCACAGCCGGCGUAUGACGUUAGUGUGUCUGAGGAUGCACCAUCUGACUUUGAAUUGCUUCGACUCAGAGCUUCAGACAUGGAUGAGCGUGCCCGUUUGAGCUUUUCCAUCUAUGGAAGUGUUGAUCCUGCAAGUAUGAGAUUGUUCAGGGUCAAUCCUGGCACAGGGGUCGUUUACACUGCAGACAGACUGGACUAUGAGGCCAGAACUCAGCACAUCCUCACAGUUAUGGUUAAGGAUCAGGAAUUUCCAUUUAACCGUGACCUGGCUCGCAUCCUUGUAGCAGUGGAAGACACUAAUGAUAAUGUCCCCUACUUUACUAGUUCUGUAUACGAUGCUACAGCCUAUGAGACUUUUCCUGUAGGUACCUCUGUGGUACAGGUGACAGCACUAGAUAAAGACAAUGGAAUUAAUGGCCAACUCACAUAUACUGUUGAAGCAGGUAACACAGGGGGGGUGUUUGCGGUAAAUAAUACCACAGGCCUUAUCAUCAUUGCAAAGGAGCUGGAUCUCACCUCUGUGGGUUUCUACACUCUCACUGUGCGGGCUACAGACAGUGGCUUUCCUACUUUAAUGGCAACCGCUUCAGUCCGGAUUUCCCUGAUACUCUCUGACUUCUCCAAACCGAAAUUCUCUCAAAUGGAGUAUCAGGCUGAGAUAAUGGAGAACAGCAAAGUAGGAACAUACGUGACCACCGUCACGGCUAUCAGUCGCUCACCAGUCGUUUAUGACAUCAUCAGAGGCAAUGAGGAGCGCUGCUUCUUUAUUAACUCUCACACUGGUGUGAUUACAACUCGAAAACAGCUCGACUUUGAGCAAAUGACAUCCUUCUUUCUGAUGGUGCGAGCCCUGAGUAUGGCAGGAGUUGAGGCCAGCACCAGUGUUAUCAUCCAGGUGGUGGAUGUUAACGAUUGUCCACCUAUAUUUCAGAAAAUCAGGUAUAUAGGUAGAGUCAGUGAAGCUGCUCCAGUCAACAGUGUAGUCUUGGGAGAGGACGGCAACCCUUUGGUUAUCCAGGCCACGGAUAAAGAUCGCAAUCACAAUGCCCUGUUAAUGUUUCAAAUCAUAGAGGAGACCGCUCGUAUGUUUUUCAGUGUUGACUCAGGGACAGGAUCAAUUCGAACCAUUGCAAGUUUGGACUACGAGACCUUUCCAGAGUUCAACUUUAGGGUUCAUGUACAAGACAAUGGUCAACCAUCUAGGAGUGCAGACAGUCCGGCAGAGGUGACUAUAAAGGUUAUGAACAUCAAUGAUUCACCUCCUAAGUUUACUCAAGACAUUUAUGAGACAGUCCUUCUGCUCCCGACAUAUGUGGGAGUUGAAGUCCUCCAGGUUGAGGCUGUUGACCCUGAUAUAACUGCUGAACAAGAAGAAUCUCUCACACCAAAUCUAGCCUAUUCGCUGGUGGACAACAGUAUGGAAUACUUUACUGUGCAGCGCUUUACUGGAGUUUUGACAGUCACCAACCCAAACCUCAGCAAAGAUCGAUAUCGGUUCAGUGUAAAGGUCUGGGACGGACGUUUUUCCAGCAUGGCAUCCAUCACUGUGCUUGUGAGAGAAGCUGUUGACAGCGGCCUUCUCUUUACCCGCCCCAUAUAUCUGGCCUCCAUCCCAGAGAACAAGCCAAAUAUCACAUUAGUGACUGUUGUAAACACUGUUGGCCAUCGCCUGAACGAGCCACUGAAGUACACACUGUUAAACCCUGGAGGAAGGUUCACCAUUCGGCCUACCUGUGGAGUGGUGCUCACCACUAGUGUACCUUUUGAUCGUGAAGAAAUGGAAAGCUAUGAGCUGGUGGUGGAAGUCAGCAGAGAAGAUGAAAUUCUAAGAGUGGCAAGGGUGACUGUACAAGUACAGGUGGAAGAUAUAAACGACAAUGCUCCAGAGUUUGUGAACCUCCCCUACUAUGCUGCAGUGCAGGUGGAAGCAGAGCCAGGAUCAUCCAUCUUCAGGGUCUCUGCUGUUGAUCAAGACUUUGAUCAGAAUGGAGAAGUAACUUACAGCAUGAAGACUCUGCACAGGAACUUUGAGGUGAAUUCUCUGACAGGGGAACUGGUCUUAAAAAGAGCUUUUGAAGCAGACCUAUCUAAUGCAGAGUACAGGUUGAUUAUCAUUGCAACUGAUGGUGGAUUCCCUCGACUCUCCAGUGAGGUGGAGCUGCCUGUAACAGUUGUAAAUAAAGCCAUGCCAGUGUUUGACAAGCCGUUCUAUGGUGUCACAGUCAGAGAGGAUGUAGAAGUUUCCACCUCUGUUCUUGGUAUUAAUGCCAGCAGUCCAGAGGGCCAGGAUAUUAUCUUCACCAUCACAGAUGGAGACCCUUCCUUUCAAUUUGACAUUGGCUUCGAUACAGGAAUCAUCAGUGUGAGAUACCAGUUGGAUUAUGAGACCACGCAGUACUACCGCCUAACAGUGAAAGCUACUGACACCUUGACCGGAGCAAAGUCAGAGGUGGAUGUAGACAUCAUUGUGUUAGAUGUGAACGACAACCCCCCACUCUUUCAGAACAACUCCUAUGCUGCUGUCCUGUCUGAGAACUCAAUGAUAGGAACAUCUGUGCUACAGGUCUUUGCGCCAGACCAGGACUCGGAGAAAAACGCUGUAGUAACUUACCAGAUCCUGUCUGACAUCUACAACAGCACCGACUACUUCCAAAUUGACAGCAGCCGGGGCUUGGUAUUCACAUCACGCAUGCUUGACUAUGAGCUCAUUCAGCGCCACAACUUCAUUGUCAGAGCGACAGACAGUGGAGAUCCUGCCCUCAGUACUGAUGUUAGUGUCACUGUGGUUGUAACUGACACAAACGACAACCCCCCUAAUUUCAGCCAAGCGCUAUACGAGGCUUUUGUCAGCGAUCUGGCGCCCAGAGGGCACUUUGUGACUUGCCUUCAGGCGUCAGAUGCCGACAUAUGUGAUGCUCAAAGGCUGAGGUAUACUAUUCUCUCAGGGAAUGAGAAAAUGACUUUCAUGAUGGAGCCAGAUACAGGGGUUCUUCGUCUCUCUAACAAGAGGAGACAAGGCAUGAAACUCUUCUAUCAACUCAAUGUGUCGGUGUCAGAUGGAGUCUUCACCAACACUGCUCAGGUAACUGUACGUGUUCUGGGAGCCAAUCUGUACAGCCCUGUAUUCAGCCAGAGGUUUUAUCUGGCUGAAGUUCUAGAAAAUUCACCUCCUGGAACUAAAGUCAUCCAAGUUUUAGCAACGGAUGAGGACUCUGGAUUGAAUGGUCAGAUCACCUACUCGUUCAUUAAUGACCUGGGGAAAACAAAGUUCAACAUUGAUGCAGACGGGGUCAUAUCCACUCUUCAGAGGUUAGACCGAGAAAAUCCUAUGAACAAAGACAUGGUGCUGACCGUAAUGGCGUUAGAUGGGGGAGGCCGUGCAUCAUUUUGCACUGUCCGAGUGGUCCUUGCAGAUGAAAAUGACAACGCCCCACAGUUCAGAGCCAUCGAAUACCGUUUGAGCAUUAAAGCUAAUGUUGCCAAAGGUUCUCUUGUCACACAGAUUCAGGCCACGGACCCUGAUGCUGGUUCUAAUGGAAGGAUAACUUACUCCCUUUACAGUGAGGCCCGUCUGUCACUGGUCGAUGUUCUGGAGGUGGAGCCAGAUAGUGGUUGGAUGAUGACUAAGAGUGCUGUUGACCACCUUCAAGGGACUGUUCUGUCCUUCUUUGUCAAAGCAACAGACUGCGGGUCUGCUCCAAAGCACUCCUUGGUGUCGGCCUUCAUUCAAGUUGUCCCUCCAGAUUCUUUCAUUCCCUCAUUUAGCCAGCCUCAGUAUUCCUUCACCAUCCCUGAAAACACCCCAGUAGGCACAGUGUUGGGCUCUGUGUACUUGGGCCCUGGUCAGACAGGGCUCUUCACUGCUGUCCCUGGAGAGACAAUCGACAGUAACCAGGAGGAAUCCUUCCUAGUGGAGAAGGAGACGGGUCUUAUUCGCCUGGUAAAGCCAUUAGACUACGAGGAAUUCAGCAGCUUCAGGUUUAAGGUUGCAACAACAGCAAGAAAAGACUUGAUAGAGACCAUGUCAACUGUGGACGUGGAAGUUAAGAUUCUAGAUGUGAAUGACAACAAGCCACAGUUUGAAACUAAGACAUAUGUAGCAACAGUGAUGGAAGGAGUCCCAUCAGGGACAAGAGUGAUUCAAGUGCGUGCUUUUGAUCCAGACUGGGGGUCCAAUGGACAGGUGACCUACAGCCUUGGUCUACUCCUCACCUACAAUCCAGACCUUAUGAAGGAGGCUCUGUCCCUCUCCGGCCCAAUCACUGCUUCUUCUGUUUUUGCCAUUGAUAGCAAAACUGGCUGGAUAACCACGUUAGCCCAGAUAGAUCACGAGACCUGCUCAAGUUAUAGUUUCGAAGUUGUAGCCUCCGAUCUUGCUGAGUCACAGCCUCUGUCCUCCACUACAGUGGUAACAGUCACCGUGUCAGAUGUUAAUGACAACCCACCGAGGUUCGAGAGAGAGUUCUACAGAGGUGCUGUGAAGGAGAGUGAUCCACUUGGUGAAGUUGUAGCUGUUCUGAGAACAAAAGACACAGAUGGCUCGGAUCAAAACCGUCUUGUCAGCUUUUACAUCACAGGGGGAAAUCAACGAGGAGUGUUUGGCCUCACUCUUGUGCAGGGGGAGUGGAAGGUUUAUGUCAGUGGUCUGCUGGAUCGUGAGCAGCAGGACUGGUAUCUGCUCAACAUUACAGCCACUGAUGGUCUGUAUGUUGCACAUACAGCAGUGGAGGUAACUGUGAUGGAUGCCAACGACAACAGUCCCAUCUGCAACCAGGCUGUUUAUAGCGCCUCUUUUCCUGAGGACAUUCAAAUUAACAAGGGUAUUCUGACGGUCGGUGCAACAGAUGCUGACUCAGGUUCCAGUGCUGAGAUCCAGUUUUCACUGUUUGGCAUUGGAGUGGAGGAUUUCUAUAUGGAUGCCAACACGGGUGAGUUGCGUACUGCCACCGUGAUGGACAGAGAAACAACAUCCUCCUACAAGCUCAUUGCUCAGGCUACUGAUGGGGGAGGGCUGUUCUGUCGAUCUGACAUUUCUCUCAAAGUGUUGGACGUGAAUGACAAUGCUCCCUCAUUCUCGACAACUCAUUACCUGGCGAGCAUAUAUGAGAAUGCCUCCCCCAAAGCCUUACUUACUCGCCUGCAAGCCAGUGACCCUGAUGAAGGUCUGAACCGUACCAUUGUCUAUUCCCUGGUGGAUUCCUUUGAUGGGAUAUUUUCCAUCGAUCCACUUACUGGAAUAGUGAUGCUGGAGAAAAUCCUGGACAGAGAGAGUCGAGACUCCUAUCGUGUUCGCGUUCAGGCUACCGAUCGGGCUGGGCAGCUGGGAGCGCUGUCCUCACAGGUUGAUCUGACUAUUCUGGUGCUGGAUGUCAACGACAAUGCUCCAGUUUUUCAGAGGAGAGACUAUGCCGUCACCGUCCCCGAGGAUGUUGCUGUGGGGACUGAAGUGCUGCGCGUAUUGGCAACGAGCGCUGACAUUGGACCUAAUGCCGAGAUCACUUACAGCAUCAGGUCUGGUAACGAGUUGGGAAAGUUCAGCAUAGACAGAAAACUGGGUGCAAUUUCAGUUGCAGAUGACUUGGACUUUGAGGUAUGCAAGGAUUACUACAUCACUGUCGAGGCCUGGGACAAUGGGAACCCUCCUCUUAGCACUGCCACAAUGAUUGUCAUCGAACUAAUGGAUGUCAAUGACAAUGCUCCUAUGUUUGAUCAGGACAUCUAUAAUGUUCUGAUUAGUGAGGAUGCAUCUAUUGGGCAGACAGUUACAAGGGUGUUUGCAGAAGAUCUGGACAGCCAAGUCAAUGGACGAAUUACCUACUCAAUUCUGAAAGGUGAUCGAACCAACCACUUCUGGAUUGAUCCUGUGACAGGAUUACUUAAAGUCAAUAAGAGACUUGACAGAGAACUAGUAUCCAAGUACACUUUAUCUGUGCAGGCAUUUGACAGUGGCUCCCCUGCUAUGUCCUCCACCGUCACUGUUAACAUUGACAUCUCUGAUGUAAACGACAACCCCCCUAUCUUCACUCCCCCCAACUCCACAGCUGUAAUACAGCUCAACCAGGCUGCAGGCACCACCCUGCUGACGCUGUCAGUCAGUGACAAAGACUCCCCGAGAAAUGGUGCUCCCUUUGUGUUUCGCAUAGUGGCAGGAAAUGAAGGUAGUUUCUUCCGUUUGGAGCAGACUGGAUCUCUCAAGUCCAACCGUGUGUUUGGUCCUGAAGCACCCAGAGAAUUCAUACUUGAAAUACAGGCAAGUGACUCAGGUAAGCCGAGUCUUACCUCUUCUUCCUGGGUUUUUCUGAGAGUCAUCGGCAACAGUCAAUACAAGCCCAUUGUCUCCCCUCUGGAGAUAUACAUCAUCAUGUCAACGGAUACUUUCCCUGGUGGUCCAGUCGGCCGGAUUUAUGCCACCGACCGUGACCCCAAUGAUGUCCUUUCAUUUACCCAUAAGCCUCAGCCAAAGGCCAUGUUCAAGAUCAACAGACAAGAUGGCAGUGUUGUUGCUCUGCCAGGCUUGGAACCCGGGAGGUACCAGAUGAACGCAACAGUGAGUGAUGGACGUUUUGCUGUCAUAGCUGACGUGUCAGUACAGGUUGAACAGGUGACAGAUGUUUUGCUGCGCAGCGCACUCACAUUUCGUUUUAACUCCAUCUCAUGGGAGGAAUUACUUGGACGGUACCUUAACCAGAUUAAAGUAACUUUACGGGCUAUAGCCGGAUGGAAAUGGUUGCCAGGGCAGCAGGAUCCUCUUCACAUACUUGGUGUGCAGCCUGUGACAGGGACAUCUGACAUCAAUCUGGUUCUAGCAGUGGAGAGGCCCGAGACGUUAGGCAGUGGACGGAUGGAGGGGUUCUACUCCCGGCAGGAGCUGGCAGCAAAGCUGGAGGAGGCAGCAGCUCGGGGUCAGAUUCGAGGCUCCCUGGCUGGAGCAGUUUUGGUAGACAGCACCUGUUCUGGGAAACUGGAUUGUGGGGAUCGGGUGUGUAAAAGCAUACUAGUGAUGGAGGGUGGUUUGCCUGUUACUUACAACACGGAGAGGAUCAGCUUGGUGAUGCCGAGGUUCGGACGCACAGAGACUUGCACUUGUCAAGGAGGGACGUGUCCAUCCCCUGUGGAACUUUGUGAAGGUCAGUCCUGUCCAGCCGACAUGCAGUGUGUUCUUUCUGGUCCAACAACGCCAUCUGUCUGCCAGUGUCAGCCUGACAGAUUGGAUGAGUGUGCAGGUCCGACAUCUCUGAGUUUCUCUGGAAACAGCUACAUCAAGUACAGAGUGACAGAAAGGGUGCAGAGUGGAGAGAUGAGACUUGGCCUCAGGGUUAGAACACUCCAAAGAAGAGGAGUUAUUAUGUUCACUCGUGUUAACCCUUGCACCAUGUUAAAGAUUGAAGGGGGUCGACUGUGGUUCCAGUUGGACUGUGACAACACUCUUGGAAUUAUGGGUAUCUCAGACAGACCAAUAAAUGAUGGUCUCUGGCAUUCAGUCGCUCUAGAGCUGACCAGAAACUACACCCUUUUGUCGGUGGACAACAGUUACGUGGAACGUCGCAGAGCAGCACAGGCCCCUGUCCGUCUCUGGCCAAUAGCCCCUGAUUCAUUGCUUUUCUUUGGGGCACAAGUGAGACUGCUGAACAGGCCAGUUGAAAGGCCUGUCUUUGGGCCUGAGGAAAACAUGGAAGGAGGGCCAGAAUUCGGAGAGCGCUCAUUUAGGGUCCCAGCAAGGGCUCAGGAUGGCUUCCAAGGGUGCCUUGGGUCACUGAUGCUUAACGGUAACGAGCUGCCCCUCCAAAAUAAGAGGAGCCGUUACGCUGAGAUAGCCGGGCUCAGCGAGGUCAAGCUGGGCUGCGUUCUUUAUCCAGAUCCUUGCAUCAGCCAGCCAUGCCUCAAUGGAGCCAUCUGCAGCAGCCUGCCAUUUGGAGGCUUCAUGUGCAGUUGCAGCAGUGGAUUCACUGGGGGGCGCUGUGAAGUUGAACUAACGUCCUGUAUGCCAAACCCUUGCCAGAAUGGUGGAAAAUGCAAGGCUGCUGGCAAUGCAUUCCUCUGCGGCUGUCCGAGAGGCCUCACAGGAUUAGUGUGUGACAUGGAUGUAAAUGAAUGCGAGGAGGAAAUCUGCGGAAACAGAGGAGAGUGUAUUAACACCUUUGGUUCGUUCUAUUGCAACUGCUCAGACGGAUACGAAGAGCAGUUUUGUGAUGAUCAGGGCCCAGAGGGCGACACACAGGCUGAGCCGCUGUCUUAUGUUGGACCAGGGGAAUUAAUAGGCAUCGGAGUGCUUGCCUUUGUCAUCAUUUUCCUCCUCAUACUCUUCGUUGCCUUCAGGAAGAAAAUCAAAUUCCGGAAAGAGUCUGACCCAGGUCAAGGGACUCAGGCUGCUCUGGGCGUCUCCAAUGUUUCCACAGAAGCUAGCUACAUGCUACACAAGACUGGAACGGGGGUUGAGGGAAUUGAGUUCAAAGCUGUGCGUGUGCCUGGCUCACAGGUGACCACGGGCACCUAUGGGGAGGUGGGAGGCUACAGCGGAGGUCCUCCCCAAGUCAUGGUGCGUCCCACUGCCCAUUCCAUCCUCCCAGGGACCGACAGGACCACAUCCAGUGAAAGCAGUCAGAUGAGUAGCUUCCUCUCAGACAUGGCUAAUGUUCGAGGUGUGGCCAACAGAAGAGGCAUUGCCGUGUGUAGCGUUGCGCCCAAUCUCCCCUCGACGUCAGCCCAUCGCCCAGAGCACAGUCCAGCCCACAAAGUGUCAUGGGAGGGCAAAGAAACCAGAGAGAAGGGCCCGGAGAGGCACAGAGACGAGAGAGAGGAGGAGUGGGGGCAGAGGGCAUUUGAGCUUGAGAGGACCCAGAGGGCUACCAGUCCGCAGGAGCUGGUGGAAGACGAAGUGGCAUGUCUCUCAGAUUCCACCUCUGAAGAGCGCUCCCUUAGUUCCUACACCUCGGAUUCCAUUGAUGACAAUGCAUCCAUAGUCACUGUCAUACGGCUAGUCAAUGAUGCUGUUGAUGAUAUUGAAAGUGAAGUGUCAAACAUGGACAAAGAACAGCAGUGGAACAGCCCGGCAAGGAACCACCUGCAGAGCAAGGAUGAGAUUUGUGUAGAAUUCAUCAAACAGUACACUGUGGACUCAUACCGGUGGGAGACUUCCUUUCAAAGUUUGAGCUGGCUGUCACCGUCGCGGCUGCAACCAACAGAGGUGGGAUCGCGUCUUAACCUUGGUGAUGCCCAGCAGAACAUCAGGCGUGGAGGCAGCACACAUUCCCUGCAGCUUGACUCCACGAUGAUGAGCUGUAGUGAUGACAGAGGCCAGGAGUGGGACCAGGAGAACAGGAGGAGGACCUUCCAGUGGGAGAGAAACCAGUCUGGCGAGUGGGAAAGGAGGAGGCAUGAAGGGGAUGGGAAGAAACCAGAGACGAGAGGCAGGAAUGUGGCAGUGCACCAUAGAGAACAUCUGCAGCUGCAAGGCUGUGACAGUGUCGAAGAAAACUCUUCACCUAUUUACGAGGAGUACAGAGAGGAUAGCCAUGAUCCAGAGCCAAAUGAAGACUCAGAGACUCUUUAUGACACUCUACCCCCAACUCGAAGAGCCUAUGAGGGAUAUCCGUCAAGCCCUCCAGGCCUGAACCUGCACCCGGCUCAACUCCUGCCCCCUUUGAGGGCCUGGGAUUUACAAGAGGGGCAAUGGAGGGGAUCACAGGAGGAUCAGGAAGGGCUCAGCCCUGCUGGUCUGACCGGCUCUGGGGAUGAGUUAGAAAGGUUGUUGAACCUGGUGUCCCUCAGAGCUCGGAGAGCCAUACGGACAAAUAGAACCUCCACCGGAUCUGAGCCCACAACAAGCUGGGAAGGGUACAAAUAGUCAAUUGGGCAGACUAUUAAAGAAUAUUUAAAGCAUUUAUUAAUCCUUUAUAAAUAACAGAGAGGCAAUGAUCCCUCACUUUACUUUGCAUUUAUAGUUCAUACAACACCUCUCCAGGGGCAUCUAAAAAUAAUUGUACAAGAUUUUUUUGAAGAACACACAUGCCUCUAUUAUGCUUAUCCUGGUGUAAACAAGCACUAAUCCACCACCAAUCCCCCUGGAUCUUCGAUAAGCUGCAGGAAUCAGAGAAAAAUUCAUGUGUUCUCUUGACGCCUUCACCUGUGCUGCGUGAGAGUCGGCCGCAAUUGGCUGUGAAUCAAAGCUGUUGCAUUUAUUAUUUAGAGCCAGUGAAGCAAUGCAUUCAUAGCCUGUCUGUUUCUCUCUUUUUGUUUUUUGGAUGAUACCGAACUACAGUAUGUCUAUGUGUCAUUGUGUGCUUCUUACAUUGUUUUUCUGUCGAAUCCCACACAUGCAGGCACACGAAGUGACACAAUUACUUUGUGAACACUUUUUUUUAUAGCUUUUAUUAUUUUCGCUGGCACAUGCUUGGGAUUUUUUGGAGCGAUCUGUUCACCCACGUCCUGCACACAGCCUGA